CCUCCUCGCAAUUGUCGCCGGCGAUUACCACCGUGCCCCGUUGCAGCACCUACUCCCGGCGUCCGUUCGUGAGCCAGUCGCCGUCCCGUUGCGAUCCCCUUUCUCCGACGAGACCACCUUCCGGCAGCUCUGUUACGCCCGCAACGGAGUUCAGGUCGCGUCCGUCAUCGAGGUCAGAUUUAGUUCACGAGCAGCUGUUCAGCGAGAUUUUCGAACUCCGAAGCCCGAGUCCCGUUUGAGUGUUCGAGGUCCAUUCGUCCGACCCGUCUUUUCGAGAUUCCUGAAGACGGGUAAAUCUCUUCGAAUCUCCUCGUAUAUUGUUAUACAGACUGAUAUCGCUCAUUCAUUUUCGUACGUGUUGAAUUGUUUCGUUGGCUUUCGUGUUGAAUUCAUUGUCGGCUUGUUUACUCGUUCGAUUUGUCGGAUUAUGUUCGUGAAAUUGUCCAGCCAGCGCGCGGGCUUUCUGGCCCGAACUUCGGCCCACGCGCGGCCCGUUAUCGGGUCAGCAGCCUGGCCCGCGAGCCCAUAUCCGGCCCGCGAGCCCAAUUUUCUGUGUAGCAUGCCUAUGCGGCUCUUGGCUUGUCUAAUUGGCGGCCCAAGUUCGCGUAUGGGCCCAUUUCAGUGCCAUCGGUUGGUACACUCAAUUUUUGAUGAGGUCGGCCCCAACCGAGUCGGGCAUCUCGGCAGUCGGCUGGAGGAAGUGAAGUCUGGUGAGGCCAGGUGUUGCAGCUCG